CGUUCGUUCCAUCGAUUUUUUCGCGAGAUUUUGAACAUGCUGAACUUCACGGAUUGGGAACCAGACCGAUUUCGAAUAUUACAUGAACAAAUUGAAAAUGUUUCAUACUCCGCGUCCGAGACAAGUUUAAAAGAGAUAGGCUAUAAACUGCAAGAAAAUAAAUCGUGGUUUAUAAAUUUGCUGGAGCUUCCGCCUCAACAGCAGGCGCAUCGAGAUCAACUGAAGAAUAAAGGCAUCGCAACUAUAAAUCGAACAGAAUACAAAUUUUCGGAGUCUUUCGUUGUCGAGACCAAUUCAUUAUCAGAUUUCCUCAAGAUCGACGAAUUUUUCGCGGCAUGCCUACUGCAUCAUGGAUCAAAGCAAUGUUCUAAAUUUAACAGGUCCGCACCUGUAACAGCAGUUUUACUUUUACUUAGAGAACAAGCAUAUUUAUUAGUGUGCUUGUCGAGUCUUAUAGGAAAUGCUUACAACGAAGACGUAAACAUUCCAGCUAGAGAGCUGUUCAAAAAUUAUGUGGACAGUUUGUUCAGUGCAAUAUCGAAGACAACCAAAGGUAGCUCAUUUGCACGAAAGCUUUUGUUAACUAUUCAAAAACUUAAAGCCGAAGCAAUUGAACUUGAUGCUCGGCUGCAAAAACUUAUUAGUCAAGGUCAAACCGUGAUUUCCCGACAAGACUUGCAACUUCUCAAUGCCGGAUAUACUCUGGUUAAUUUUAACACCGAAUCAAUUAAAGAUAGAGUUAAACAAUCGUCUAUACACCAAAGAUAUCUUGCACAUAAUUUGUGGUUGAUUUCUUACAAUUACCUUUUGAACGUGGAAGACAUAAAAGAACUGACAAAAUUUUUGCGAAAUUCUGAUACGGAAGAUAUUGUUUUUCCGUACUUGAUAGCUUCUUUGCUUUCAACUAUUGAUACUUCAUCAGAACAUUUAUCGAAUGAUCUACCAGCCAAACAAAAGCACGAUGGGUUGGUUCGGAAUAAGGAUUUUAUCAACGAUUUUACAAACUCUAUUAAUAAAGACCAAUGGAAAGUUGAAGCUGCAAGAGCAACAAUUAUGAUUCAAUGGUGUUUAUUUGUACUAGAAGCCUUACGAAAUUCUUCAACUCUGGAGUCGCAGUUAAUCAUCAAGGAAGAACACUUGGGAGAAAUGUUUCAACGAGCUGUCGUUAAAGAUGCAUUUCAAUUUAUAACUCACUAUUUACUUUCGUUUCAAAAAACGGAAAUGGAGUUCAUAUACGCUGAAAUUGCACCAAGUAUAUCAACUAUUUGGGAAACAAACAGCACAGGAAAUAGUUUAUACAAUGUUGCGUUUUCACCCCCGGGAAUGGUGCCUAAAGUAGACGGUCAUAUACAAGAAGAUUUCGGUUAUUAUCUUCGUAAGCAACUCGAGUUUUUUGUCAUAUCAAUAGUGACUAAGAUGUGGAGUAAUUUGCAAAGGAUUAGGAGGCAGGAGGAAGACGCCAUUCAGUCUGCAGCGGCCGAAACUUUGAUCCCAUCAAUCACCAGAAAAUCCAUCGUCGUACGUCAUGACGUUGAGGCUUUCUUCGUUCUUAUAGCAAAUAUUUAUAGAAAUCAUCCGGAUGAAGGUUUAAGAUUCUGGAUAGACUUGAAGCAGAUAAUCAACUGGGGAGCAAGUUUCCAGGAAAAGGGAAUGAUGCGAGCAUAUUUGGAAAUGCUUUGUUCGCUGUCUACAGGUGUUCAUUCUAGUUCCCGCGCCGAUGAUUUUCUUUUACGCGGUUCGGAAGAGAUGGGUGAAUGGUGCUCGUGGUCUACACUGUUUAGGGCAUUGAACGAGUAUAACGUAGGAAUGAACCAAGAUAUUAAACAAAUAUUGGAAGAUGAGAUUAAGCUUUUGAUUUCUUUUCUAAGAAUUUUUCAGCAAGUAGUUCGAUAUUCGAGUAAUGCAAGGAUUAGAUUUUUCCAAGCCAACAUAAUAAAAAUUCUCUUUCGCCUGGUGACCCAUCACGUGCCUACCGAACUAAAGGCCGAGCUAUAUAAUUCGAUCACAGCAUUUUGCGUUCCAGAAACCGAGGGAUUCCUCGAUAUCGUUUUACAAAUAUGGUAUUUUCUUGAAGAGGAACAAAUAGUUCACACUGUUCCCAAGGAUCUUAAAUUCGGAGCAACCACCUAUUGGGGAACUUCGAGCAUACAAGCGCAGGAUAUUUGGGCUAUCAAAAAGGAGCUCGAAGAGGUGGAAUCACCAAAAAAGCUAUUCUUCCAAACGUUGUCUUUUGUUCGUUUUAUCAGUUCCUUAAUCUAUGUUCCUGAUAUUUUUGUCUCCCUUCGGUGUGGAUUUCCAGUUCGUUCUCCAACUAUGAUCGAACAAAUUGGUACUGGCUAUCGACAACCCGGAAUCACACCCUACAUCAAUUUUAUAAUUGACGAUAUUUUUAUCAAAGCGCCAAGUCGUGAUUACAUUUUCCCUUCACAAAAAUGGAAUAUCAUGGCAGCUUCCUUAGACAUAAUAGAGAAAUGCCUAAUCUCGUUUGACUUAACAGGACCAUUGUUUCAGAAUGACCAGACUUCUUUCACGAAGCCGGAGCCCAGGAAGAAUAUGAGUAAAGAAGAAGUUAACGUUUUUAACAAAGAAUGGGUUCAAUAUUUGAGGAAUCAUCCGGGAUAUGAUAUAAUGAAGAGGCUGUUGAGCAACACUCGAUUAGUAGACGUAAUAUUUGAAAUAUUUUCUCAGGGAAUUGAUGCACUAGGAGAAGAGGCCAAAGCACCGUUCAUUUUAGAAUCAGUUUUACAUUGUUUGAGAAUAUUAUUGAUUGCGUUAGAAAAGCAGGAAAGAUUCACAAAAAACUUGAUACCAUUGUUGGGCGAGAAUUCUCCGGGGUACCUUGAAAAUGCAUUCUUGUCUAAGAAAGAGGUUAUCGUGCAAAUAGCAUUGUUGCUUCAUUACGGAAACGCCGACGUCUGUCUUUACGUCGUUAAGGUUCUGUCUAAUCUCGCUAGAUCAUCUGUAUUUAAUUCAAAGGACAGAUAUGGUAUAGAGAAGGUAAAUAGGUUGGUUGGGAUAUUAGAUUCCAGUGCGGAUUCAGAAGCUAUAAUUGGUGGUUUUGUGAUGCGAUUGGAGUUAAACGGGGAAGAAGAUGUUUGGGAUAAUAAAUAUAAAUUGGAGGACUUUGAACUAACGCAAGUUGGAUUCAAGUCCUGGUCUAUACCUGGUGAAGAUGAAUUCAGUGCAGGACCAUUAACAGCUGAGCCGGCGAUCACCUUUGGAACCGUUAGGUGCGCGAUAUUAGACUUAAUAUUAGAAAAUAUGUUACCUGGUAAAGCAUCUCCCACGAUAUCACAUUUCCUCCUCGGUUUCGAUCUUCGAGGUUCGUUGCAAACCCCGACUAUCAAAUACAUUAAUCAGGAUGACCUAAGGGAAUCGUGUUUACACAAAAUAAUGGAAAUUCUGGGACAGCCUAUUAAUGAUGAAUCCGAUACCUCCGAAGAAAUUAAACAUAAUUCUUUGUUAUCUAACUACCCAUCAUUAGCGGCUUGCUGUUACCAAAUUUUGUAUAGACUCUGUGCAGAUUUUAUUACUUCUGAUGUAACGAUGCUAUUUCUUCGAAGUCAGGGAUUCAUUUAUAAACAAUUUAGAAUGAUGCCUUUGCAAAUUGUUUUACCGGAAAAGAUGCCUGAAUGGGGCGAGUUAUGUAAAAUGACACGUUAUGAUAAUCAAGUAAUGGAAUUAGAUUUGGUUACUGUCUGUGCAAAUCUUGAUGAAAGAACAUAUUUGAUGAAGAUGAUUGCAUUAGAGUUACGUAAAUGUCAGACCCGUUCUGGGAUUGAACGGUUGCUAGCUAUGUUACUUGGAGUCAAUGUAAUUAAGUCGCAAGCUGAAGACGCGAUGGACGAGGAUAUUUCAACCACGACAAUUAAAAUUCUUGAUAUCUUAAACAUGUUGGAGUUUGAUUGGGAUGAUUUGUGGCAGAUAAAAGAACCGCAGAGGAAUUACUUUGACAAAGUAAACUUUAAGUCACUGCUAACAUUCAAUGAACGAGGAUUUGCUAGUUAUAGAUUGAAUGACGUGUUUUCUGAGAUGAACCAGACAUACAUUUUUCUACGAAAACAAGCACAGAUGGGAUUUUCAGUUAACGAAGCUAGCUUACGCAAAGAAAUGAAACACAUAUUGCGAUAUUGCUAUUUUUAUAAUCGUGAUCAAGAAUAUAUAUACUCCAGACGGGAAUGUUUUAAAGCGUGGAGGGAAGUGAUUGAAGUAACCAUUGUUAAUCAUUAUAGUCGUUUACGCUUGGAAGUUCGCGAAGCUACAUUCCAUGAUAUCCUGUCAGUUUUGUUGCCAACCCUGCAACAUGAGGCUAGGGCAAUUGCAGAAAUUAUUAGUAAAGUCAUAUUUGCUGCGAUUACGGUUUUACGAUUAGAUCGGAAACGUUUAUCAGUUUUGCAAACAGUAAACACCGCAAACCUCGCAUAUUUGAGAGUUCCUUCCGAAAGACUUUUUUCUAUAUUACGGUUAAUUUUGGAAUGUCUUGUCGUCCAAGAUUUUUCGCCGGACGUCCGAAACAAUUUAUAUGCAACAAUUUAUAAUUAUUUACAUUAUAUUGAACACGAACCUGACAGGUCGACAGGACCACUACCGCUGAAUGAAUUGUCGCGAUCACUUUCCAAAAGUGCCAUGACUCGGUCUGUAUUUUCCACGCGCAUACCGGAAACGACACCGAGAAAUUUGCUAUCCAAUUCUUCAAUAACUCAAGCUCGUAGCGGUGGCACUCGAUCUAUCCUGGACGCUGGGAAUCUUGCGGUAUUUAGAAGUGUUGGCGAUAGACUAUUGGAUAUAAUUCGAAUAGAUGCUUCUGAGGGGCCUGUCGCUGGGAAAUUAUGUGCUUUAAAUGUGCUAACAGCUAUUUGUAGUUUGGACAAGCGCGAGAAAGGUCUUUUCGUAAUCGAUUAUAUGAUUAGAUCGGGUUUUCUCGGGAAUGUCGUUAAAAGUUUAAAAAGUCAAAAUGAACUAUUGUUGCAAUCCAUAAAUCCCCGACAUGAAACGGCUGCAAUACAAGCAAAAUAUGUAUUCGAAGCUAGAAUGGGACUUUUAAUAUGCCUGGCUCAACGUCGUGACUGUGCUAUCAAACUUUUAGAUAUAGGGAUCAUAGAUUAUUUAGACGAAUUAGCGUUUCUAGACGAACGACCAAAUUACAGCAAUCCGGAAACAGAGUCUUUUGGAAAACCCGCGUAUAAAUCAUAUCAUGAUUUCUUGAUGUUGGUGGUCCGCCUAAUUGUCUGCAUUCUCACAAGCGUAGGACACGAUAGCGCGGCAGUCUUGAUCAAGGUCUCCAAAUUCAUUAGUGGACACCAAGGCUUGGUCGCCGAUAUUUUUACAGAUGUUCCUCCUAUAGAUGUGUUAUAUUCUCAAAAUUUCGAAAAGCGUUCGAACUUUAUUAUGUGUAUAGAAGUUUUAAGCGAAGUGACGCGUCUAUUUUAUAUAUUAGGCGACAAGAUAAAGGCCAUUGAUUCAGCUCGUAUUGAAACUCACCAAUGCACUUAUCAAACGUUCUUAAAAGAGCUAAUGACGCGAUGUUUUACAGUCAGAAAAAAAUUAUCGAAUCUGGCAGAGAUCGGUGAUUUAACCAUUCAACAUGUCAAAGAGCAAAUCGAAAGUAUUAACCGAAACCUUCUAGGGUGGUGUCAGAUAAUGACAUCAAAUUACAAGGAUGGACAAUCGUUCACACCAAUAUUCACGCCAUCCCUCGAUGCUGCCAAACGACCUGACGACGAUUACCAUGGCGAUCUUAGGCAACCGGAACUUUCGGUCCUUGUUAAUUAUCUUCGAAUUUCCAUCGACUUUCUUGAACAGCACUUGCAAAACCUUGGAAGUCUAUCAGCCAAAAUAGAAAAAGGAGAGGAAGCGCUAGAUAAUACAGAAGAGGUUCUGGCGUCUCUGUAUGAUGACCUUGCAUCCGAUCUGGAUGAUUCUCAGCGAAGGUCACUAGCCAUGCGAACCUUACAAGAAAAGCAUUAUAAGAUAUCGAAAAUCGUGUCACAACACCUAUAUGAUGUUGAGAUAUCCCUAUUAUUGUUGUGGCGUCACCUUGAUUUUAUGAUUCCCAGCAGGCAAAGAUUAUCGUUUGAUGCAAGCACAGUACUAUCAUCCUCAGUCUCAGCCACAGGAGACACGAAUAAGGAACUUUUACGAAAAAAUGCAAAGCUUGUUCUUUCUGAUAUGUUAAUAAAACUGGAAUCCUUAGAUCAACAACCGACCACGAAGGAAAUUGUUGACCGGUUUAAGGCGCGUAAUGAUUAUAUUCAAAUGUUGUUUGUGUGGAUAAUCACUCUCGGAGCUGAAGAAGGUUCCCUUGUUGCAAAUUCCGUAAACUCAAUGGCGCUUAGUAAGUCCAGAGAUAUACACCCAAAUAGUCCAAAUAAUCCUUUCCCUGCUGGUGUUUCAAUGAACCUAGGUGGUGCAAUAUCUCUGGGACCUGUGCCAGUAGUAUCUCCAAAUGCAGAUUAUGCUUAUAAGGCAAAGGCCUUAUAUGAUUAUCAAGCAAAUCCAGAUGAUCAAAAUGAAAUUUCGUUUACCAAAGGAGAAAUUCUCGAUAUUGUAGAUAAUAAGGGAAAGUGGUGGCAAGCGAAAAAGGUCGAUGGCACAAUUGGCAUAGCACCAAGCAAUUAUUUGGAACUUAUCUGA